GGGCUCACCUAGUCUCCACUACUUCCCUCGAAGUGCACAAGGGUAAAGUUCCUGCUUUGCUCCGCUGAGGCCCGCCAACACCAUCGCAAGCACCAGCACCAUGCCCAUGACACUAGGUUAUUGGGACAUCCGUGGGUUGUGUCACGCCAUCCGCCUGCUCCUGGAAUACACAGACACAAGCUAUGAGGAGAAGAGAUACACCAUAGGGGACGCUCCUGACUAUGACAGAAGCCAGUGGCUGAGUGAGAAAUUCAAGCUGGGCCUGGAUUUUCCCAAUCUGCCCUACUUAAUUGAUGGGCCAACCAAGAUCACCCAGAGCAACGCCAUCCUGCACUACAUCGCCCGAAAGCACAACAUGUGUGGGGAGACAGAAGAGGAGAAGAUCCGUGUGGACAUUUUGGAGAACCAUGUCAUGGAUACCCGCCUGCAGUUUGUCAUGGUCUGCUACAGCUCUGACUUUGAGAAACAGAAGCUGGAGUACUUACAGGGCCUCCCUGAGAAGAUGAAGCUCUACUCCAAGUUCCUGGGGAAACGGCCAUGGUUUGCAGGGGACAAGAUCACUUUUGUGGAUUUCCUGGUUUAUGAUAUUCUUGACCAGCAACGCCUGUUUGAACCCAAGUGCCUGGAUGCCUUCCCAAACCUGAAGGACUUCAUGGCCCAUUUUGAGGGACUGAAGAAGAUCUCUGCCUACAUGAAAUCCAGCCGCUUCCUUCCAAGCCCUGUGUAUUUGAAGAAGGCUCUAUGGGGUAACAAGUAGGACCCUCUGAUGCCAAGACUGGGAGGAGGACUCUGUGGCUGUGCUUGCUCAUCCUUGGCCUGGGGGAGCAGCUUGGUCCCUGCACCCCUCAUCAGUCUUCUUAUUCCGUCCCCUUCUAAUCCCUUCUCCUCUGAGAGGCCUUAGCAACCCCUCUCUUCUACUUAACCUCUCUCCCAACCGAGCCUUCAGUGGAAGUCCCUCCUUCUCCUUCCUUGCCCUGCUUCUGAAUCCAUGCAGCCCUUGGCUAUGCUGGAGGUGAGGGUGAGAUGUUCUCAACUCUGUGUUCGUCAGCACCACCAGAGAGAAUAAUCCUGCCUAUGUGUGGAUACCAGUCUUCAGUGUGGAGCUGCCCAGAAUUGCCAAAAAGACUAGUGCCCCGGGGUUCAGACCCUGGUUUCUAGUAUGGAACUGUGUUUCCCUGUCUCAUCUCCAGUAAAGUUUGAACCACACUUG